AAAAUUACAUGAUGGUUCACGUGGGAUCAUCAUUAUCAAAAAUCACAUGAUGGUUCCCGUAGGAUAAUCAUCAUCAAUAAGUGUUUGUUUGUUCUAUUUAGCUUUAACAUCGAUCCACUCUAACACUGCAGUCAGUUCAGCUUGGUCGGCGACGGAGUGAACUACAACAGAUUAUCUCAAAUCGUAAUCAAGUUUGGAAAGUCAAGCCAUUUAUCCUCAACAUGUCUCAUUCAAAGCAAGGCAUUACAAAAGACAUGACUAUGAAAUAUAAAAUGGAGGGCUGUGUAAAUGGACACCCCUUUACGAUCAGAGGAAAUGGAAACGGAAACCCUUACGAAUCCAUGUUUCAUGGCGUAAACUUUCCUGCUGACGGACCCAUAAUGAAAAAAGAGACCACUGGUUGGGACCCGUCCUUUGAAAAAAUGACUGUCUCUGAAGGGCUGUUGAAAGGCGAUGUGACUAUGUUCCUUGUGCUCAAAGGAGGUGGUUACCACAAAUGCCAGUUUCACACUACUUACAAAACAAAGCAGCCGGUCACACUGCCCCCAAAUCAUGUUGUAGAACAUCGCAUUCUCAGGACCGGUGAUGGCGACAAAAUCAACCUGGUAGAAACUGCUGAGGCUCAUGUUAACCCUUUGUAGGUUAAAUAACUCUUUG